AUGUCGUCUACGGUAUCGUCAAGUACUAGAGCAGCUCUACAGCAAUUGUUUUCAAGGUAUGGGUUUCCUUUAGAAAUUGUUUCGGACAAUGGUCUUCAAUUUAUUUCUCAUGAAUUUUCGCAGUUUUUAAAAUCUGUUGGUGUUGUGCAUACUCUGAUUCCUGCUUAUCAUCCAAAAUCUAAUGGAUUAGCCGAAAGAUAUGUGCAAACGUUUAAAUAUGGUCUAGAUAAAAUGUCAGCUGAUAGGAAUGAUAACUCAUCUAUUGGUAACAAAAUUCAGCGAUUUUUGUUAAUGUAUCGUUCGACUCCUCACAGUAUGACUGGAAAGUCACCAGCUGAACUUUUUCUAGGUGGUCAUAUAAGAACAACAUUACAUUUACUCCAUCCCUGCGCUUCUUCGCAUGUUGAAAAGAAACAAGCCGAGCAGAAAUUUUAUCACGACCGUUCCCAUUCUAGAAAUUAUAGUUUUUCACCUAAUCAAAUUGUGUGGAUACGAUCUCAUAGAAGUAAACAAAAGUGGACUCAAGGCACAUUAUUUAAGCCAGAAGGUUUUAACACAUGGGUAGUCAACAUUGAUGGUAAAAAAAUUUUUAGCGCAUAA